AUGAAGGUUCAAACGGUAAUUUUACUAACAAUCGUUCAAUUUUCCAUUUUUGCCUUUGGGCAAGAAAACUACGAAAAAACCAUCAAAUUUCACGUUCAUAAGCAAGGAAAGGAGACUUUCAAGUCAAAUUUUUGCAAUAAUUGUACUUUGAAGAAGGAAUGUCCUCCCAGUGAGAACCUCACGCUAAUUGUGACAGAUCCUAAUUAUGACUUUGCGCAAGAUUUGAUCAACGCUUUUCAUACUGCUCGAGGCGGAUGCGUUAUGUGGAUGGAUUUUUCAAUAUACAAGCCUCCAGGCAAACUAGCUUACGGAGAACUUUUCGCUCACUAUGAAGGCAUUAAUGCAGUUCUGUUGCGUAAAUUGAAGCAACUCGAGGAAAUCGGCUACGAUCUUGCCAAUCUUUUCGUGUACGGGUACAGUUUCGGAUCGUAUCAAGCCAUCACUGCUGGUUAUAGACUCGGAUCCAAAAAAAUUGGUCGUAUUGAUGCUUGUGAUCCUUCUUCCGAUACUUGGAUAGCAAAUACUACUCCGGUUGCCUUCCAACAUGCCUUUGAUGCCGCGGUAAAUGUUCAAUGCAUUCACACAAGCAAGUUAUCCGGAACAACUAAGCGAUUCUGCCCGAAAAGUAUAAAUAUGGGAAAAUGUGGAGAUCAACCUUAUAAUCCUAUGGAGCUACUAGUAAAUUGGGAUGGUUUAGCUCAAGAGCUUCACGAUUUGUGUUGUAAGGCCUAUAUAGCUUCAUUUACGAACGACUUUAAAUUGGUCCAGAAAACGCAAAUUGAGAGUAAAUAUGGACAAACGUGCUCUACUCAACAACCUGUAGGAACUUUGCCAUCGUCGCCAACUUACACGAUGGGAUAUCGCUUCGAUUUUUCACUUCCCGAUGGAGAAUAUUACGCAGAUUUGACGAGAAGUUCGCCAUAUUAUGUUGCUUAA